UCAAUCUCGGAGAGAGAGAGAGGAGAGAUCAAGGGGGUGUCAUUCUAUUGACAGGGUAACAGUGCGGCAUUCCCCCCUGUGCGGAGGAGAAGCGCAGGCAGCCCGCAGCACCGCUCCAGCCUCUCUGCGCGAUCUAGUUGGGAAGUUGCUGAAGGAAAGCCCGGCCCACCCCAUUCUCCUCUCCGCCUCUUCAGACCGAAGCCAUAAAAUGAGCAGCGCCCACCCGAGGCUCACCCAGAGCGGAGCCGCAGCGGCAGCAGGAGCAGUGCCCGGGGCGGACCCAGCAGCAGAGAUGCCGGCCACAGAGAAGGACCUGGCGGAGGACGCGCCGUGGAAGAAGAUCCAGCAGAACACCUUCACCCGCUGGAGCAACGAGCACCUGAAAUGCGUUAACAAGCGCAUCGCCAACCUGCAGACGGACCUGAGCGACGGGCUGCGUCUCAUAGCGCUGCUGGAGGUGCUGAGCCAGAAGAAGAUGUACCGCAAGUACAACCAGCGACCCACCUUCCGCCAGAUGCAGCUGGAGAACGUCUCCGUGGCCCUGGAGUUCCUGGAUAAGGAGAACAUCAAGCUGGUGUCCAUAGACAGCAAAGCAAUUGUUGAUGGCAACCUUAAACUCAUCCUGGGUCUCAUCUGGACCCUUAUUCUGCACUAUUCAAUCUCCAUGCCAAUGUGGGAUGAAGAGGAGGAUGAGGAGGUUAAGAAGCAGACUCCUAAGCAAAGACUACUGGGAUGGAUCCAGAACAAGCUGCCACAGCUUCCCGUUACGAACUUUAGCAGAGAUUGGCAAAGCGGCCGAGCUCUGGGUGCCCUGGUUGACAGCUGUGCUCCUGGUCUGUGCCCUGACUGGGACUCUUGGGACACCAGCAAACCCGUGGAUAAUGCACGUGAAGCCAUGCAGCAGGCCGAUGACUGGUUGGGAAUCCCUCAGGUGAUCACUCCUGAGGAAAUUGUGGACCCGAAUGUAGAUGAGCAUUCCGUCAUGACAUACCUGUCCCAGUUCCCUAAAGCAAAACUGAAGCCUGGUGCUCCCCUCCGACCCAAACUUAACCCCAAGAAAGCCAGAGCUUACGGGCCAGGUAUUGAACCAACUGGCAACAUGGUGAAAAAACGUGCCGAAUUCACCGUAGAAACCAUCAGCGCCGGGCUUGGCGAGGUCAUUGUAUAUGUGGAGGAUCCUGCAGGACACAGAGAAGAGGCGAAAGUAACAGCCAACAAUGACAAGAAUAGAACCUUCUCAGUCUACUAUAUUCCUAAAGUGACUGGGAUGCACAAGGUCACUGUCCUGUUUGCUGGGCAGCACAUUGCCAAAAGCCCCUUUGAGGUCAAUGUGGACAAAUCUCAUGGGGAUGCCAGUAAAGUAACUGCUCAGGGACCUGGUCUUGAGCCCGCCGGAAACAUUGCCAAUAAGACCACCUACUUUGAGAUCUUCACGGCAGGUGCUGGUCUUGGUGAAGUGGAAGUCUUAAUCCAGGACCCCAAUGGGAAGAAGGAUACAUCAGAGGUUUUGUUGGAGGAUAAGGGUAGCAGUACAUACCGUUGCACCUACAAACCCACCAUUGAGGGGGUCUAUACCAUUUUCAUAACGUUUGCUGGAGUGCAGAUUCCGAAGAGCCCUUACACAGUCACCAUUGGUCAAGCUUCAAAUCCCAGUGCCUGCCGUGCUGUGGGUCGUGGCUUGCAGCCAAAGGGCGUGCGUGUGAAGGAGACUGCAGACUUCAAGGUCUACACGAAAGGAGCAGGAAGCGGAGAACUGAAAGUUGUGAUCAAGGGACCAAAGGGAACAGAGGAACGUGUCAAGCAGAAGGACUUGGGAGAUGGGGUCUAUAGUUUUGAAUACUAUCCAACCACCCCUGGGAACUAUAUAGUUACCAUCACUUGGGGAGGACAGAACAUUCCAAGAAGUCCUUUUGAGGUGAAGGUCGGCACAGAAUGUGGUCCUCAGAAAGUACGUGCAUGGGGCCCUGGACUGGAAGGGGGAGUUGUUGGUAAAUCUGCUGACUUUGUGGUUGAAGCUAUUGGUGAUGACGUGGGUACUUUAGGGUUUUCUGUGGAAGGUCCUUCUCAAGCAAAGAUUGAGUGUGAUGAUAAAGGAGAUGGGUCAUGUGAUGUGCGCUACUGGCCACUGGAGGCUGGGGAAUAUGCCGUGCAUGUAUUGUGCAAUAAUGAAGAUAUCAAACUGAGCCCCUUCAUGGCCGAAAUCAAAGCUGCUCCUAAAGAUUUCUAUCCAGAGAAAGUAAAGGCCUAUGGCCCUGGGCUGGAGAAGACCGGAUUGGCCAUUAAUAAACCUGCAGAAUUCACAGUUGAUGCCAAACAAGGAGGAAAAGCUCCCCUAAAGGUGUCCAUACAGGAUGCCGAAGGGAACCCAGUUGAUGUCACCACCAAGGAUAAUGGCAAUGGAACAUACAGCUGUAGCUACCUGCCUAAGAAAUCAUUGAAACACACAGCAUUGGUGUCUUGGGGUGGAGUGAAUAUACCAAAUAGCCCCUUCAGGAUGAGUAUUGGUGCUGGCAGCCACCCCAACAAAGUGAAAGUUUAUGGACCUGGUGUUGCAAAAACUGGUUUGAAAGCUCAUGAACCCACUUACUUUACGGUGGACUGUACAGAAGCAGGACAAGGGGAUGUCAGUAUUGGAAUUAAAUGCGCUCCAGGCGUAGUGGGUCCAGCUGAAGCCGACAUAAACUUCGACAUCAUCCGCAACGACAAUGACACCUUUACGGUGAAAUACACCCCUCCAGGAGCCGGGAGUUACACCAUCAUGGUUCUGUUUGCUGGCCAGGCCACUCCCAUGAGCCCUAUUCGCAUUAAGGUUGAUCCAUCUCAUGAUGCUAGCAAAGUGAAGGCUGAAGGACCAGGACUGAAUAAGAGUGGUGUAGAACUUGGAAAACCCACUCAUUUCACAGUCAACACAAAGGCAGCUGGCAAGGCCAAGCUAGAUGUGAACUUCACUGGGCCAGCUAAAGGAGAUGCCGUGAGGGACUUGGACAUCAUAGAUAACCUCGACAACUCUUACACUGUUAAAUACACACCCGUGCAACAGGGUAACUUGGGUGUGAAUGUGACUUACGGAGGGGACCAUAUACCCAAAAGCCCAUUCCCUGUGAGCAUUGCUCCCACUCUGGACCUCAGCAAGAUCAAGGUUUCUGGACUUGGUGACAAGGUGGAAGUGGGAAAGGACCAGGAGUUUACUGUGAAAUCGAAAGGUGCUGGGGGACAAGGCAAAGUGGCUUCCAAAAUUACAGGCCCAUCCAACAAGCCUGUUCAUUGCAAAGUGGAGCCAGGCUUAAGUCCCGAUAAUAGCACUGUCAAAUUUAUACCUCGUGAGGAAGGUCCUUAUGAAGUGGAGGUUACUUAUGAUGGAGUCCCAGUGCCUGGGAGCCCAUUCCCUGUGGAAGCUGUUCCACCUACUAAUCCUUCAAAGGUUAAAGCUUAUGGGCCUGGACUAAAGGGAGGCAAUGUUGGUGCAUCUACCCCAUUCACAAUUGAUACUAAAGGUGCUGGCCAAGGAGGGCUUGGUUUGAGUGUUGAAGGCCCCUGUGAAGCCAAGAUAGAAUGUCUGGACAAUGGAGAUGGAACCUGCUCAGUGUCCUAUCUGCCUACAGACCCUGGCGACUACAAUAUUAAUAUCCUUUUUGCCGACACUCAUAUACCUGGCUCUCCGUUCAAGGCAAAGAUUGAACCAUGUUUCGACCCAUCCAAGGUGACUUGCUCUGGCCCAGGCCUGGAAAAUGCGCAGGUUGGAGAAGCUGGCAAGUUUAAUGUUGACUGCUCCAAUGCUGGCAGUGCUGAGUUAACAAUAGAAAUUAUUUCGGACACUGGCAUGCAAGCUGAAGUACAUAUCCAGGACAAUGGGGAUGGAACCUACACGAUUACCUACAUCCCACUCUACCCCGGAAUCUACACAAUUACCAUAAAGUAUGGAGGUCAAAUGGUGCCCAACUUCCCUAGCAAGCUGCAGGUGAAACCAGCUGUUGACACAACUGGUGUUAAGGUCUAUGGGCCUGGUGUGGAAGGAAAAGGUGUCUUCAGAGAAGCAACUACAGAAUUCAAUGUGGAUGCUCGGGCUCUAACAAAAAAUGGAGGUCCAUAUGUCAAAACUAGGGUAUCUAACCCUUCUGGCAAUUUAACCGAUGCCUAUGUGCAAGAUAAUGGGGAUGGGACAUACAAGGUGGAAUACACUCCUUAUGAGGAAGGUAUUCAUUCUGUAGAUGUGACCUAUGAUGGAAGUCCUGCACCAAAGAGUCCUUUCACGGUUCCAGUGACAGAGGGCUGUGACCCAAGUAGGGUCAGAGUUCAUGGUCCUGGCAUCCAGAGUGGGACAACAAACAAGCCCAAUAAAUUCACUGUUGAAACCAGGGGAGCAGGUACCGGUGGCCUGGGAUUGGCUGUUGAAGGGCCAUCUGAGGCAAAGAUGUCCUGCACUGAUAACAAGGAUGGCAGCUGCUCGGUAGAAUAUGUCCCAUACGAGCCUGGCACUUACAGCUUAAACGUCACAUAUGGUGGACAUCAAGUUCCAGGUAGCCCUUUCAAGGUUCCAGUGAGCGAUGUCAUUGAUAGCUCUAAAGUGAAGUGCUCUGGUCCAGGACUAAGCCCAGGGCUGGUGAGGGCAAAUGUCCCACAAUCUUUCAGUGUGGAUACAAGCAAGGCUGGUGUUGCUCCAUUACAAGUCAAGGUGCAAGGUCCAAAGGGUAUUGUAGAGCCAGUGGAGAUUGUGGAUAAUGGAGAUGGCGUUCAGACUGUCAAUUAUGUGCCUAGUCGCGAGGGACCAUACAACAUCGCAGUACUAUAUGGGGACGAGGAGGUGCCACGGAGUCCAUUUAAAGUAAAGGUUUUGCCCACUCAUGACGCCAGUAAAGUAAAGGCCAGUGGUCCAGGAUUAAAUACUACUGGUGUUCCUGCAAGUCUACCUGUGGAAUUUACCAUUGAUGCCAAGGAUGCUGGAGAAGGUCUCCUUGCUGUACAGAUCACAGAUCCUGAAGGAAAACCCAAGAAGGCCUCUAUUCGGGACAAUCAGGAUGGUACCUAUACUGUGUCCUAUGUGCCCGAUAUGACUGGGCGCUACACUAUUCUCAUUAAAUAUGGAGGCGAUGAGAUCCCGUAUUCUCCUUAUCGCAUCCGUGCAGUGCCAACAGGCGAUGCCAGCAAAUGCACUGUGACCGUGUCAAUCGGAGGUCACGGGCUAGGUGCUGGUAUUGGACCCACUAUCCAGAUUGGAGAGCAGACCGUAAUAACAGUAGAUGCCAAGGCAGCUGGGAAGGGUAAAGUGACCUGCACUGUGUGCACCCCAGAUGGCACAGAGGUAGAUGUAGAUGUAGUGGAAAAUGAAGAUGGAACGUUUGAUAUCUUCUACACUGCCCCUCAGCCUGGCAAAUACGUCAUCUGUGUGCGAUUCGGAGGGGAGCACAUUCCAAACAGUCCCUUCCAAGUUACGGCUCUGGACGGCGAGCAAAUGAUGCCUCAGCAGAUGGUUCAGCAGCAGUUAGCCCCACCUUAUGCAUACCCGGGCAUGCAGCAACCCUGGGCUACAGAUCGCCCUGUAAUGGGAGUGAAUGGACUGGAUGUUGCAGGAUUGAGACCUUUUGACUUGGUUAUUCCAUUCACUAUUAAAAAAGGAGAGAUCACAGGAGAGGUCCGCAUGCCUUCUGGGAAAGUGGCAAAGCCGGAUAUCACCGACAACAAGGAUGGGACAGUAACUGUUAGAUUCGCUCCCACAGAAGCUGGGCUCCAUGAGAUGGAUAUAAAGUAUGACGGCAUCCACAUUCCAGGGAGCCCUCUGCAGUUCUACGUGGAUUAUGUGAAUAGUGGUCAUGUUACUGCCUAUGGCCCAGGAUUAAUUCAUGGCAUGGUGAAUAAACCAGCGGUGUUUACCGUGAACACAAAAGAUGCUGGAGAAGGUGGGCUGUCGCUGGCCAUUGAGGGACCAUCCAAAGCAGAGAUCAGCUGUACGGAUAACCAGGAUGGAACGUGUACAGUGUCCUAUCUCCCUGUCCUUCCUGGGGAUUACAACAUCCUUGUCAAGUACAACAACAAACACAUCCCCGGCAGUCCUUUUGUUGCCAAAAUCACAGGUGAUGACACCAUGCGUAUGUCCCAGCUGAAGGUCGGAUCUGCUGCAGAUAUUCCUCUAAACAUCACGGAGUCUGACCUGAGCCUGUUGACAGCCACCGUAACAUCUCCUUCUGGAAGAGAAGAGCCGUGUCUGCUGAAGAGGCUCCGCAAUGGACAUAUUGGUAUAUCGUUUGUGCCCAAGGAGACUGGAGAGCAUAUAGUCAGCAUCAAGAAGAAUGGCCACCAUGUUCCCAACAGCCCCAUCACUGUCAUGAUCAGCCAGUCGGAGAUUGGUGAUGCCAGUCGGGUGGUGGUCUCCGGGCAAGGUCUGACAGAAGGGCGAACAUUUGAGCCAGCACAGUUUGUCAUUGACACUAGAGAAGCUGGGUACGGUGGCCUCAGUCUGUCCAUUGAGGGUCCCAGCAAAGUAGAUAUUAACACUGAAGACUUGGAAGACGGAACGUGCAGAGUAACGUACUGCCCUACAGAGCCUGGAAACUACAUCAUAAAUAUAAAGUUUGCUGACCAGCAUGUACCAGGCAGUCCCUUCUCUGUGAAGGUGACGGGUGAAGGAAGAAUGAAGGAGAGUAUCACACGCAGAAGAACAGCACCAUCUGUUGCGAACAUUGGCAGCCAGUGUGACCUAAGCCUGAAAAUACCCGAAAUCAACAUUCAUGACAUGACUGCACAGGUCACAAGUCCAUCUGGCAAGACUCAUGAUGCCGAAAUAAUGGAGGGGGACAACAACACCUAUUGCAUCAGAUUCGUCCCUACGGAGAUGGGCGUUCAUACAGUCAGUGUCAAGUACAAGGGCCAGCAUGUGCCAGGAAGCCCCUUCCAGUUCACUGUAGGACCCCUUGGUGAAGGAGGAGCGCACAAAGUGCGUGCCGGCGGACCGGGCUUGGAGAAAGCAGAGGUUGGAACCCCAGCGGAGUUCAGUAUAUGGACAAGAGAGGCUGGUGCAGGAGGUCUUUCCAUUGCAGUGGAAGGACCCAGCAAAGCCGAAAUAGCUUUUGAGGAUAGGAAAGAUGGGUCUUGCGGGGUGUCCUACGUUGUACAGGAGCCUGGAGAUUACGAGGUGUCCGUGAAGUUCAAUGAUGAGCACAUCCCGGACAGUCCCUUUGUGGUUCCCGUGGGUUCUCCGUCAGACGACUCUCGUAGACUCACUGUUUCUAGUCUUCAGGAGUCAGGGUUAAAGGUCAAUCAGCCAGCCUCUUUUGCAGUAAGUCUUAAUGGUGCCAAAGGAGUUCUAGAUGCCAAGGUCCACAGCCCCUCUGGGGCACUGGAGGAGUGUUAUGUGUCCGAGAUCGAUGAAGAUAAAUAUGCUGUGCGCUUCAUUCCCAGAGAGAAUGGCUUAUAUCUAGUUGAUGUGAAGUUCAAUGGAUCCCACAUCCCUGGUAGUCCCUUUAAAAUUCGUGUAGGGGAACCAGGGCAGGCUGGAGACCCAGGAAUGGUGUCUGCAUAUGGGGCAGGAUUAGAAGGUGGCACGACUGGAAAUGCGGCAGAGUUUAUAGUGAAUACCACAAAUGCUGGUGCUGGGGCUUUGACCGUAACGAUCGAUGGACCUUCAAAGGUUAAAAUGGAUUGCCAAGAAUGCGCAGAGGGCUACAAAGUCACAUACACCCCAAUGGCACCUGGGAGCUACCUGAUCUCCAUAAAGUAUGGGGGUCCUUACCAUAUUGUUGGAAGUCCAUUCAAAGCAAAGGUCACUGGGCCCCGUCUGGUGACAAGCCACAGUCUCCAUGAGUCCUCUUCAGUUUUUGUUGACUCUGUCACAAAAUCAGAGGCUUUCACGCAACAAGGAGCCCUUCCUAGAGUAUCAUCCGAUGCAAGCAAAGUAGUCGCCAAAGGGCUUGGGCUGAACAAAGCCUUUGUUGGUCAGAAGAACUCAUUCACGGUAGACUGCAGCAAAGCUGGUAACAAUAUGCUGCUUGUUGGUGUUCAUGGACCAAAGACCCCAUGCGAAGAGAUUGUGGUGAAGCAUCUUGGAAACCGGUUGUACAACGUUACGUACCUCCUGAAGGACAAGGGGGACUAUAUCCUGGUUGCCAAGUGGGGAGAUGAGCACAUUCCAGGCAGCCCUUACCAUGUAUCUGUGCCUUAAUCUGCCACCCCCUUGUUCUGGUUCCAAAACCCCCCUUACCCUCUGUGUGCGUGUCUUAAUGUACAGCUACCCUACACCCAACCUCACCCUAUGUGACUGAGGGGGUCAGAGGUCAGCUCUGGUUUUGGGGGUCUUGCUUAGCUGGUUCAAGAUUAUGCAAUGGCCAUAUUCAGCCCCCGUUGCACUGAAGGGGCAAAAGUGUGAACGGGUGCAUUAGGUCAUAUUUUGGGGAAAGAGGGAUGGUCAGGAGUGCUGGAUAAGCAGCUCGGUUGUGAACGUGGCACUUUUUAUUCCAUAUUAGUCUUAGAGACGGCUGCUAAUUUCAAGUUGGUCUAGGUCCAUCCCCUGACCCUCCAAGGGCUGCUUUAUAUGCCACAUGCUCCUGUUUGCAGUCCUGCCCCGUAUUUGUUUACAUUUGUUUGUUCUCCUUACCGUAAACGGUUGUAAGGGAUUUCUGGGAUGGUAAUGGGUGUUUCAUGGGAGGACAGAAGACCUAAUGGAGCAUCCAGAUGAUUCCUUUCUGUAGACUCUAAAAAUGCCUAUUCUCCAAUUUACCUUUCUACAACCUGUGAGGCUGUCUGUGAUGAAAUGCAAAAAUAGUAUUGCAAUGGCUAAACGCCAUCCAAACUAUCUGAAGCACAGACCGAAAACAAUUUUUUUAUUCCUUUACUUUAAAAGCAACCACUACCUGUUAGACUCAGAUCACUAAACUUGUACUGGUCCUGUUUAUCCAAUUUCAGCAAAAGUUAGUUCCCUAGAAGUGGUGCUGUGACUUGUCCCUUCUCCCUCCCCAGUGUCUAAGUGUUUUUACCUGUCGUCCUGAGAUUGGGUUACUUCUGAGAUGCUUCAUUGGGCUGCGAGCUGGUUCACCUACCAAAGGCCAUUCCGAUGGGUUUGCUUCCAGUUAACCAAAUCUUGUUUGUUAUUUUUCUAAAAAAAAAUUAAAGUUUUUGUUUUUAUUUUUAUUUUUUUGUUGUGCACGACUACAGUACUUUGCUCUUAACGAUAACAAUAAAAUUCUGCUUUUAAUCGUC